AUGGGUCGAAAAAUGCCAAAUUUUUUCGAUGAUAUCUGUAAAUUAUUCGAUUUUGAGCUCUACGAUGAUGUGCUUACACUCUACGAAUUGUCCUACAGCGAACAGACUGGUCUUAGCAAUGUACAAACGGCCACCGUGUUCUCACUUGUUGCCGAAUCCUAUUUUCAACUUGAAAAUUUUGUUAAAAGUCAAGAUGUAAGUUGUUUUCGUCUGUUUUUUCACCGUGAGAUUCAUAGUUUCAUUUAG